CAAAAAAGAACUCCCAAACCCGCCACCAAUAUAUACCCCAAAUUGCUCUGUUCCUGAUCAUGCUUCAACACCAAAACCCUAAUCAUCAAAUGGGUCUCUGUGUCGGAAAACCUGCAAAUGUUGCUCAUGUUUCUUCCUCACAGUUAAUGAAGGAAGCUAUUAACCAAAGGGAAAGAAAUCAAGAAGCAAGUAAGAAGAAAAUCAAGAAAGCUUCAAAAGUGUCUAAAGAUGAAAGUUUUCCGAUCACUAAUAACCUGAAGGCGUUCACGUUGAGUGAUCUGAAGACUGCUACAAAGAAUUUCCGGUCGGAUAGUCUCAUCGGAGAAGGCGGGUUUGGCCGGGUGUAUAAAGGGUGGAUUGAUGAAACCACUUUUGCUCCGGCCAAACCCGGUACCGGACUUGUGGUGGCAGUUAAAUGUUUGAAAGCUGAAAGUCAUCAAGGUCAUAGAGAAUGGCUUACUGAAGUUGAUUUCAUGGGCAAGCUUCGUCACAAAAAUCUCGUUAAACUUAUCGGCUACUGUCAAGAAUACGAAAGCAGGCUUCUUGUAUACGAAUACAUGCCAAAAGGGUGUUUAGAAAAUCAUUUGUUUAGAAAAGGUGUUGAACCUAUACCUUGGGCCACAAGAAUGCGCAUUGCCAUUGAUGUAGCUCAUGGAUUAUCUUUCUUGCAUAGUAAGGAACCAAGUAUUAUUUAUCGCGAUUUGAAGGCAUCUAAUAUCCUCCUAAGUUCGGAAUUUAAUGCAAGACUUUCGGAUUUCGGGUUAGCAAGAAACGGGCCGGUAGGAGAUAACACACAUGUCUCAACCCGAGUUGUGGGAACCAGCGGUUAUGCAGCUCCAGAAUACGUAGCCACAGGUCACUUGACUAUAAAUAACGACGUGUACAGUUUUGGAGUGGUCCUACUGGAGUUAUUGUCAGGACGACGAGCAAUUGCUGACGAGAGAGCCGGGGGUGUAGAAGAGACAUUAGUCGAAUGGGUGAAACCGUUUCUAAAUGAAAAUAGAGGGGUUUUUAGAAUUAUGGACACACGGUUAGGUGGUCGGUACUCAAAGAAAGGUGCACAAGCCGUGGCUGCACUUGCACUAAAAUGUCUCCAUAACGAUUCCAAACUUAGGCCCACAAUGGCUGAGGUUGUCGUGUCUUUGGAAGAGAUCACGAACGCGCCCAAAGUUGUUCCCGGAGUUUCAUCGCUUGCGCUGAGCCCGGGAUCAAGUUAAAGAAUAGAUAUUGAAUAAUAAUUCCAAGAGUGAGUUAAAGGCUACAAUCUUGUUGUAACUUUUAUGUGGCACCUCAUGUACAAAUAGUCAUAUAAUAUACCCUUGGGUUUUGUUGGUUUCAUAAUUUUUGUUCAAAUA